UUACUGAUUGGCGGGCAGCGAACGUCACGUUAACAACAACAAAGGAUGGAGAAUAAAUGAAGUUUAAAAACUUCUUCUCCUCUCACAACCGCGGUGUUUGUCUGUUUGUGUGUGUGGUUGUUGUUGGUAACGUUUCACCGGCUCGUUGUUGUCACAGUACCGGUUACAGAUGCAGAAGAACCGGGAAUGAACGAUCCGAUCAGAAGCUGCAAACCGUGAAGCUGGACGCUCCGUUCUCCGCAUAUUAAAAUGAUUCGCAUAGCAGCACUGAAUGCUGCUUCGACAGCUGCAGAUGAAUCCCAAGACCCCCUGAGAAGUAACAAGAGUCAGACAAAAGAGGCUCAGGAAGCCGAGGCAUUCGCUUUAUACCACAAAGCCUUAGAUCUGCAAAAACAUGACAAGUUUGAGGAGUCUGCCAAGGCUUAUCAUGAGCUCCUCAAAACUCCGCUGCUCAAAGAGGCGAUGGCCUCGGAUGAUCAGCAAGUGGGCCUCAAGCAUCCCGGACUGAUGCUGAAAUAUUCUACUUUUAAGAAUUUGGCCAGUAUGGCUGCAACGCGGGAUGACCUGGAGACCGCUAUGGAGUUUUAUUUGGAGGCGGUUAUGUUGGAUUCCACCGAUGUGAACAUGUGGUACAAAAUCGGUCAGGUGGCUGUGCGACUGGUGCGCAUUCCUCUGGCUCGACACGCCUUCGAAGAGGGAUUGCACUGCAACCCAGACCACUGGCCCUGCCUGGACAACCUCAUAACUAUUCUCUACACACUCAGCGACUACACCUGCUGUUUGUACUUCAUCGCCAAAGCCCUAGAGAGGGAUCACUGCUACACUAAAGGCCUGGUGCUGAAGGAGAAAAUCUUUGAGGAGCAGCCUUGUCUGAAGAGGGAUACGAUGCAGAUGUUCAUGAAAUGUGAUAUGUCCAUUCACUAUGUGGAAGUGGAGAAAGAGGAGCGUGAAUCCGUUGUGGAAGAGGCACUGGAGAUGCGGAAGCGCAGACAGGCUCUCUCUAAAUGUGAACCAAAACCUGAUCUUGUCCUGGUUGAGCCCAUCCGCUGCCUCUCAUGGAAACAUGUGGGCGAAAGCCUUCUUGCGAUGUACAGACAUCAGACAACGUGUGAGCCCCCACGGCCGAGUCUUGGCCGCAGAAUUGACUUAUCAGAGUACCGCGACCCAAACUGCCUGCAGAACCUCCCCCAACCCAGCAGCCCCGUCAGUAUGGGCCAGACCACCGUGCUGAGCAGCAGCCCCAGCUCCUCCCUGCCGCCAAUGGUCCUCCCUGAGCCGGCAGUGCUGCCCCAGCCCGGCACGCAGCCUCAGAUCACCCCCAGCCAGAUCACCCCCAGCCAGACCACCGUGGAGGUCACCACCUCUGCUCCCCCAGUCGCGACAGCAAUGGAAGUGUCACUGACGGAUAAAGUGAAGAAAGCUCCGAAAAGGAAGCGCACAGUGGAAGAUAGUGGGGAGACAGCCAAGCGACGCUCGGCGCGUGUUCGAAACACAAAAUGCAAGAAGGAAGAGAAAAUUGAUUUUCAGGAACUGCUUUUUAAAUACCUGCCUUCCAGGCUAAGGAAGUUUGAUCCUGAUAACGAUGAUGAGAGUCUGAGUAAUCUGGAGACGCAGUGUGAUGGGAAGGAGGACAUGCAGCCUCUACAUGGGAGCUGCUUGCCUGUUGACUCAGUUGAAUACAUGGAAUCUGAACAACAGGAUGUCCACAGUUUCCUGCUCAAUAAUAUGACCAAUGGAGGCAUACUGGACCUGAUGAUGCGCUAUCUGAAAGCAGUGGGUCAGAAGUUCCUGGAGGGGUGGCCUCGGGGCCUGUCCGCUGUCGUACUGGAGGUCUAUCAGACCUGGAGGAAGCACAGCAGUGGUCUUCCUAACCCUCUGCUCCGGGACUGCAGCAACCACCACAUCCGGGAAAUGUUGGCCAUGAGCUUGGCGUGUAUGGAGUUGCAGUUGGAGCAAUGGUCACACAACAAAGGGAAGACUGUGUCUCCAAGAAGAAGCAGCACUGGUCCCGGCAGUGAUGUGGCUGACUCAGAAUUCCCUGGGCAGCACUUCCAGGGUGAUUUAUUACUCCUGGCCUUAGGUUCAUCCCAAAAGGAUCUGUUUGAGGACCACUGGCUGGACGUCAUGGUGCGUGUCUACUGGCUCAAGGCACGAUUCCUGGCCCUGCAGGGAGACAUGGAGUUGGCCCUGGAGAGCUAUGAUGUCUGUACAAGCCUGCUGCAGAGCAAACCAAAGACUCCUGAAGGGAAACAUUACACCAUCAACCUGCCUAACCUGCGUGUAGAUGCAGCAAUCUCUGUGGAGGAGAUUGACAAGAGGCUGAAGUCUCUGGAGCGUUGUCAGUCUUUGGAGGAGAUCCAGCGUCUGUUUGAGUCUGCAGACUUUGAGUCUGUUGUGCGCCUGCUGCAGCCCACUCUUAAUUAUGGCAGCAGGAGUAAACCUCUGGAGUUUGUGAGCUCAGCACCAGAGCGGCCGGCUCAGCUGAUGCUAAUGCAGAACUCGCUGCUGAAGAUGGAGGACCACCAGCAGUGUUUGGAGUGCAGCGAGCUGUCUUUAAAUGAAGCCCUGCAGCAGCUCAACUCUGCUUCAAACAGCCCCCCACCCACUAAGGAGGAGUGGGUCAGCACCAUUCGAAAGCUGCUCGAUGGCAUUGAGGUCUGCUUCACCAAAGACUCAGCGCUUCUGAGCAAAGUCCCCCACUUCUCUAGCAUGGCUCGACUGGCAAACAACCUAAUUCAGCUGAUCGAUCUUAGCAUGAGCACUUCCGACGAUCCCAAGGAGCCUUACUUCUUCUCGGUCCUGCCUUGGAUUGUCUUGUAUCGCAUUAUCAAACACGAGGAGGCUGCUUUUGACUGUAUGCUUCGACAGCAUAUGUCUGUAGGGGAUGAUGAAGAUGACUCGGACACUCCCAUGCUGCCCUCCUCCCUGAUGCUUCUGAACACAGCCCAUGAGUAUCUCGGCCGACGCUCCUUGUGCUGCAACUCAGACGGAGCCCUCCUCAAGUUCUUUGUUCGGGUUUUGGAAAAAGAGCUUGCAGCCUCAUCCAGCAAUAACUCUCACCCCUACAAAGAGGAGUUGGAGAUGGCUUUGGAACAGUGCUUCUUCUGCCUCUAUGGCUACCCCAGUAAGAAGAGCAAGGCCCGCUACCUUGAGGACCACUCAUCUCCACAGGUUGAGUUGCGGUGGUGCGAUGCCCUCUUUAUGUUCCAGUAUUUCAAACCAAAGUCGCUGCCUGAGUUUGACAGCUACAAGACCAGCACGGUGUCUGCGGAAUUGGCCAAUCUGUUGAGGAGGUUUGCGGGCAUCGCCCCCACCAGUGACACCCCCAUCCUCACCAUGGAUGAAGUGGCAGCCUACAUUGAGUGCAUGACAGAAAAGGCCCCCUGCCUUCCUGAGGGCAGCGCUCCUGCCCCUCCAAUCAUUGAUGAGAUCUACUACCUGCUGGCUGAUUAUCAUUUCAAGAACAAGGAGCAGUCUAAAGCCAUCAAGUUCUACAUGCAUGACAUAUGCGUGUGUCCCAACAGGUUUGACUCCUGGGCGGGUAUGGCUUUAGCUAGGGCGAGCCGCAUCCAGGAAAAGCUCAACUCCAACGAGCUGAAAAGUGACGUUCCCAUCUGGAAACACUCCCAGGCCGUCCUUAACUGCUUUAAGCGUGCCCUGGAGAUCGACAGCUCCAACCUGUCUCUGUGGAUCGAGUACGGUACCAUCUCGUACGCGCUGCAUACGUUUGCUUCGCGGCAGCUCAAGCAGUGGCGCAACGAGCUCCCCCCAGAGGUGGUUAAACAGAUGGAAGAAAGGAGAGACUCCAUGUUGGAAACAGCGUUCCAGUGUUUCCAGGGAGCUUCCCGUUGUGAGUGUGACAGUGACGAAGAAGAGUGGCUCAUUCACUACAUGCUGGGAAAGAUCGCAGAGAAACGCAAACAGACACCAGUGGAAUAUCUGCAACUUUACAAAAAGGCUGCACACUUUCUGCAUGAAGAAGCUGCCAGGUACCCCCGGAAAAUCCAUUACCACAAUCCCCCUGACCUGGCCAUGGAGGCCCUGGAGCUGCAUUUCCGCCUCAGUGCCACCAUCCUAAAACUACUAGAGGGCAAUGAGCCUGACCUGGACCACGAGCUGCUGUUCAGCUUGCUGGUUGAGGCUGCUACCGGCCCAUUUGCGAGGGGGGAAGAGAAGAGUAUGCCAAGCAUGCCUAGGUCCCAUGAAAAGGAGAAACCCCCCUCCAUGAUGGACGAAGACUUUAAUUGCUCUUCAGUUUGCAUAGGGAACGCCCUCAGCUCCUCCCAUCCAUCAGCUGCCACCCCAGGUCUGACAUCUCCUCCUUACGUGGCCACGCCGUUUGACCACGAUUACGCCAAACGCAAAACACUCCGACGGCAGCAGUGGCAGCAGCAGCGGCAUGAGGAGCAGCAGGCUGAUGGUUCUACAUAUUCAAGGGGAGUGGCAUUAAAUCUGUCCUCACUUGUCAUGAAAGCCUCACCAGAGUUUGACCAUGAUUACUGCCUGCCCAGGUCUGCAAUGUGGCUGGCUUCCCUGAAUGAGCGCAGUCAGGACAGUGAGGUGGUGAUGCUCUCUGACUCCAACUCCACCCAGGAUGCCUUCACAGAUCCCGCCAGCUCCCAGGACAGCAGCCACAAACCCGCUUCUGGGAAAGCUAGCUCGUCGUCAUCAGAAAGCACGACCCCUGUGAAGGACGGGCAGUCCACAUCCGAGGACACAGCCUCACAUGGAGAACAUUCUGGCAUCCAGACGGAAGAAAAAGUUAUCCAGGAAGUAGUCGAAUCUGUGGUGGUGACACUCCCCGAGGCUUCAGCCCCCAAGGUCUCCACGGACCCUUGUCCCCAUCCUCUGCCUGUCCCAGCCACCCCUCCAAAGUCAGCCCCCUCUCAACAGGCCGCUCCUCAAACCCCAGCCAGCGAGGGAAAGAGGAAGCCAGAGCCCCCCGUUGAGGUGAUCGAGGUGCCCAAGGCGCUGCCCGCGGAACGCACCGACCAGAGACGAAUGCUGGUGGAAAUGUGCGUCCGCGCUCUCUUCCUCUGCCUCGGCCGCUUCCCUCAGCACUACAAGAGUCUGUACCGCCUGGCCUUCUUCUACUCCAACAGCAAGACUCAUCAGAACCUACAGUGGGCUCGAGAUGUGUUGCUAGGAAGCAGUGUCCCAUGGCAACAGCUGAAGCACAUGCCAGCACAAGGACUUUUCUGUGAAAGAAACAAGACAAACCUGUUCAAUGGCAUCUGGCGUAUUCCGGUAGAUGAGAUUGAUCGCCCAGGAAGUUUUGCAUCUCAUAUGAACCGAUCCAUUGUCCUCUUGCUGAAGGUGCUGUCUCAGCUAAAGGAUCACGAUACUCUUCUGAAAGUCUCGUUCAUGCUGCAGAGAACCCCUGACCAGGGAAAGAAGUAUUUACGGGAUGUUGAUCGCCAGGUUUUGGCCAAGCGAGCAUUUUUCCUAACUGUAAAAGUCCUGGAGGACAAUCUGAACAGUCUCACAGGGGUGUCUGAGCAGCUUCACAAAGCGCCUGCGCCCUCCAUGGGGGAGAUGACCACAACGGACGCAUCCAACAGGCCCAGUUCAGAGGACAGCAAACAUGCACUGCCUAAGAAGCCUGGGCUCACUGAGGGAGCCUGUGCCACUGACACAGGGCCCAGGGAAGCCUCCCAGGCACAACUCACCCCGCCGCCGCCAUCCAUAGAUAAAGGUAGUAAGGUUCCGGAGAGCUUCCCUGGGAAGUUGGAGACUUCUGGGAGUGAGGGGCACAAAGCGGGGCCUGAGGAACCCAUGGAGAUGGACCCUGUCAGCUGGAGGAGGCCCUCUGCUAUCACAGAUUCUCAGGGCAACCAAACAGAGGCUGAGACCUCCCUGAGUGUCGUGGAGCCCCAGCAGAAAGUGAGUGACAGCAGCCGGACACCAGAGCUGUCUCUAGAGGAGCUGAGUAUCAGUUCCAGACAGCAGCAGCUCCAAGCCUCAGCACCCAAGGUCACUGUGGCAGGUAGUGGGACUGAUCAGGGGUCACUACGGAGGCCAAACAGGAAAAGGAAGCUUCUUGACGAUGUGGAGUCUGGAAAAACGUUACUGCUCGAUGCCUACAGGGUUUGGCAGCAAGGCCAGAAAGUCAUGACCUACGACCUGGGACGCAUUGAGAAGAUCAUGUCAGAGACUUAUAUGCUCAUAAAACAGGUUGAUGAGGAUGUAGCUCUGGACCAAGCUGUGAAGUUCUGCCAGAUACAGUUGGCCACUUCUGCCCAAAGACAGUCUGCAGGCGAUGCCCCGACCACACCCAAGUACAAGGACCACCGCGACAUCUUCUUCCCCGCCUCCCUGCCGACGCCGGUCCUGCUCAGCCACGCCGCCUGCCACCCGCUGUCCGCCCAGGACGGCCAAGCCAAAGUGGUGUACGAGCCCCUGAGCAAGCUGUCCAGACCUCAAGGCUCGGGCUUCCACGAUCAGCCACAGCACAGGAGAGCAGCUAGCCACCCCGCUGCAGCCAUGGCCUUCCUACCACACACAGAGGAGCGGGAGGAGCCCUCAGAGGGACUCUCGUACCGACAGCAGGAGUCACACCUUUGUCAACAGAUGAAACUCGCCACUGUAUCUCAAGGGCAAGAGUCCGCAGCAGGCUGGUUCCAGGAAGAAACCGCCACAUGUAGCACCGCACAACCUUGCCCAGACCAGCAGCAGUAUGCCAGCAAUGAGUCAAAGCUUCCAGACCCCAACCGGAUCCGCUCCCGCGUCCCGCCCAACAUGCCAAAGCUUUUCAUCCCUUCCACCGUCACCAAGUUCCCACCAGAAAUCACAGUAACGCCUCCGACACCCACACUCCUCUCCCCCAAAGGCAGCAUCUCAGAGGAAACCAAACAAAGACUGAAGCGCCCCCUGCUGUCUCCUCCCACACAGAACGUCAUCCUGUCAUCUCAGUCCGCAGCCACGGUCAAAAAGGACACUCUGAGCCAGCCGGCGCUGGAGGUGCAGGAGACGUCCAGCCAGGAGUCGUCUCUGGAGAGCGAGUCGGACGAAGAGGAGGACGAUUACAUGGACAUCUGAGCCCGCCGAGACUGAACGAGCACUCUGCCAAACCCCGCGCCCCCGUCUUUAAAAAGGAAUGGUACACGUCACUGCAGCUGUCUUUGUUGAUGCUAUUGCUCCCUCAUGUGCAUUAUUAAAAAAAAAAGCUCCCAAACUGAAGAAAAUGCAGUAUUCUCCUCGCCUGUCGUGACAGACGGCGGUGGCUUUAGUCUCACAGCAUGUCUGUAAUGUGCCAUUUAUGCAUAUCACACAUCUGCACCCAACUGGACCUGGCGACACAGAGCUUUUUAAGCCAACCGGUCUCGUGUUUAUGCAUCUUUUUCUUUACGUGGUGUGCUGACCGUACCUCCGAGCUGCAGCCGAGUCCUCGUCUGAGAGCCCGUCUGAGCUGCCGCAGUGUGGACCGACGCUCAGCCGCAUGAACCUGCUGUCCUCAACUCUGAUCUGUUUUUCUUUGGCAUGAGAAUUUCAUCCUGCGACACGCACUGCUUCGGUACGCGAUGUAUUUCAAUGAACACGGAGGUGAAGGACCGUCGGCUGCGUUCGAGGUUCGUCUGCGGAGCCUCUCAACCUGUAGCAGAUUGGAAAUGUUUACACUCAACAUUGGGGAUGUCUUUCAGCUAGCACUUCACUUUGUGCUACUUUUGUACUCUGUAUUUCUUGUAAUAUUUUGUCUUAUAUAUAUAUAUAUUUUUUUUUUCUUUUCUUUUGGUGUGCAUUUGUAGCUAAGAGGAGCAGUUCUUACCAGGAAGACGUCCUGUCACCAGCACUGAUCUGAAUUUUGUGGAACGGGGUUUCAGUUGUUAUGAAUUAGCUUUUGUACGUGUCAUAAUCCAAGUAUCUUUCCAACACGUCUGGCUUUAAUGGGUCGAGUAUUAAGCUGGAGGAGCGUGUGUGAGGCGAGGGUCGCACGCGGAGGGAGACUCUGAUACUGAUGCCUUUCCAUUGAAACCAUUUUGGUAAAUUUGUCACAAUUCUAGCUGAACUCAGAGGAAGACAACAGAAUGUUUUUUACAGGUUGUUUUCUAUAAAAAAAGAGAGAUAUUUACUGAUUGUGUUUCUUGAAAGCUGUCUAAAACUCCUUUUUAAAAAGUGAACACAAAUGAAUAAUUGUUAACUAUCACCCUUGGUAUAAAGAAACGGUUUUGUAUUUUGUUUUAUUCUUUUUGUUUUUUUGGUGUAAGAUAGUUUUCUAUAAUUGUUCUGUUGAGCUUCUGGGAAUGUACCACAGCUAAAGAGGGACCGGCCCGGCCCCCCGCCCCCCCGGCUCAGGCUGCCGGAGGGGAACUGUUCUCUAUGUCUGGACUGAAUGCAUUAUAGAUGUCAAACCAAAAAUAUAUUUGAGAAACACC